AUGGGGACCCCUCUCCUCCUCCCCCUUCUCGUCACCCUCCAGCUGUUCACCGCCUCCUCCCCCGCGGUCGCGUCGUCACACAUCUCCGUCGUCAUCUCGCAGUCGGGCCUCGACUUCGCCAAGGACCUGCUCGUGUCCCAUGCCGUCGCGACCCUCACGCCCCUGAACGUGCCGGACAUCGAGAGGACCAUGAGCAUCCCCCUUGUGGGCACCGUCCGCAUGGCCGCAUCCGGGAUUUUGCUCGACGGCCUCGCCGUCACCAACUCCACCGUCGCUGUCGGGGACACGGGUGUUGUCGUGGCCGCCUCGUUGGCCAGCGCGAACCUCACUAUGGAGUGGAACUACUCGUACAGCGCCUGGAUUGUGACCAACUGA